ACUCCUCCGACACUACUUCAAGUACAAACGAUAUAGACGACGACGCUGUUAGUCAGCCCCCAUCUGCCAGCGACAAACUUCCGGCAGGCACUGAGAACAGCAAGCCCACUUCACUAUCACCAGCAACCACUAAAUUAUGGCUAAACGUGAGUGUGACGCCGUCAAACUUGGUAGCCAACUGCACCGACGUAGAGUUUCGCUGUGAAGUGCUCGGCCUUGACAGUGAGGUCGACAGCAGCAGCAGUGAAGGCAGCAGAGCACCUCCCUCCACUGCCUGGUGGACCUUCAGGGGCGCCAACGUGUCGGCGGUGACGCUGCCCGGAGGACGGGUCACAAAUCCCAACGCCACUCUGUCCAUCCUCAACGUGGACUGCAGCCAGUACACACUUCACGAUGGCGACUACAUGUGCCACACGGCACUGGCUGACCUGGAGACCAGCAACCAACUGGCGCCAGUGCUCACCAGUGCCAACAUUUCACUGGACAUCUACGUUCCCCUGACUGUAGAUGCAAUUGAGCCGGCAAACGGCACCGUUCGCGAGCUGGAGGACACUGAAGCUCAACUAAAGUGUCGCAUAUACGCACACCCCAAGCCAAAGAUUACCUGGGAGCGCAUAGAUCUAAACACACUAACCGUGUCCAACAUUGAGGAGGACGGACGCAUUCUCAUUGAAAUUCAAUCCAGUCAUCAGGAAUCUCAAAAGUCGACCUUUCCUAGUCAAGUGACAGUACUCGAAAGUGUGCUCAAGUUUAAGCCUCUCAUCACAGGCGNGAUAGAUCUAAACACACUAACCGUGUCCAACAUUGAGGAGGACGGACGCAUUCUCAUUGAAACUCAAUCCAGUCAUCAGGAAUCUCAGAAGUCGACCUUUCCUAAUCAAGUGACAGUACUCGAAAGUGUGCUCAAGUUUAAGCCUCUCAUCACAGGCGACAAUGGAAGCUACAUCUGCAAGGCUGACAGUGCCAUUCCUUUUGAGAAGCCACUGCUCACCAACUUUCACGUUUGGGUGCUGGAAAUUCCGCAGGUGAAAAUUAUCAAGAUCAAUGAAAACAAAACCGAAGCCAUUCUCACCUUCACCGUUGACUACGGAAAUCUGCCCGUUGAGAAGUACUUUCUUGAAAUUAGGAAUUUUACAAUUGCCAACUCCUCUUGGAUAGCGCACAAUGUGCAGGCCAACUCGGUGACCAUUGAGGGAGCCAACUCGGUAGCUCGCGUAGAUGGGCUCACGCCGGGCGCUCUUUAUGGGUUCCGUUUGGCGGCCAAAAACGAGGUGGGCACUUCAGAGUGGAGCUACAUGAACAUUACCGUGCCUCCUGAUGCUUCACCUGCUGUCCAAGAGCGACACUUCGCUGUUGUUUGGUUGGCGUCGACCACAGUACGACAACGGNGCUCGGUGACCAUUGAGGGAGCCAAUUCGGUAGCUCGCGUUGAUGGGCUUACGCCGGGCGCUCUCUAUGGGUUCCGUUUGGCGGCCAAAAACGAGGUGGGCACUUCAGAGUGGAGCUACAUGAACAUUACCGUGCCUCCUGAUGUUCCUUCUGUGAUAACUCAGCUUCACCUGCUGUCCAAGAGCGACACUUCGCUGUUGUUUGGUUGGCGUCGACCACAGUACGACAACGGUGGCAUCAUUCACCAGUACCAGAUGAGCUUGAGAGACCUUUCUGCAGACACGAGCGCCAAUCAGACGUUGGACAUUAACCAGAAUCUGGUGCAGUCACGAAACAACUACAUGUACAUGUUUCCCAACCUGUCCCCGGGUUCGCAUUACAGCUUUCAGGUGCGCGCCUGUUCCAACAUUGGCUGCAGUGCCCAGUGGUCCUCGGUCCUCGACGCGGUCACCUCUGACGGCCACUCCGACCCGCCGCUCAACAUUCACUUUGAGUGCAACUUUGACUUUCGCCGACUGCAGAACAAUGCGACCAUCAGGUGGGAGCCGCCGAAGAAUGCACGCGGCUCCAUCGUCGGCUACAACAUCACCCUGGAGGGCUUCUCGCAGUACCGAAAUGUGCACAACCGACCAGUGCUCGACCAGUUUCGUCAGUUUCACGUGACCAGCGACGCCGACACGCACUACCACAUUGAGAAACUGAGACCGAACGCCAACUUCACCGUGCGCAUCUGCGUGAUCAACAAGUCGGGUUGCGGACAGCUGUCGCACAUCACCUCCUCCUCCAUGUGCAUCACCGCACCCACGGUGCCCUCAGAGUUUCCAGCGCUCAAGUUUGAGGCGCACAAGGCGACACUGUCGGCAGGGCACGGCCUCGUCUUCAACCCCAGUCGACAGUUGUCGCUUUUUGUGCCCAGAGUUUCGGAAAAGAAUGGCCGAAUCGCUUGUUACCGGAUAAUCGUUUGCCGCCUGCCGCCGGUGCCGCAGUCGGUGGAGAGGAACAACUCACUGGACACCAGCGAGCGACUGCGUCUGUACGACCAGUACCUGGCCAAUGGGCCGGACAGCGUCCAACUGAGCACUUACCGACAGGUGACUGACGGGCGGAAAGACCUGCCCGGAGCGUACAUUGCCAAGGAGUUCGCCUCGGAUAGCCUUCGCAGUGACAUUGUCAUUGGCGACGGCAAAUCAGAGCGCUGCUUCGAUGACGCAACCGAGUAUGACCUGCGAUCACGCGUCAAG